UGUGUUCAGUGUUCAGUUUGGUCAUGUCUGGACUGUUGGGUGUUCGACUGCUGCUGUUGUGGGGCCUCGUCUGCCUCGGGCCGCCCAGCCUGACCCAGGGGGCUCUGGUCAUCUCUGGGUACCCUGAUGCGACACAGGAGACGAGAGGAGCUGCCAGAUCAAUGCAGAAAAGAAGUACAAAUGAAGCCACGUCUCAGGUGGAGGUGUACAGUGUCACCGUGGAGUGCACGGUGACGUCUCGUUUCGCCCACACCGUCAUGACCUCCAAGGCUCGGAACCAAGCAAACUCCUCGCAGGAAAUCUUCUUUGAGGUGGACCUGCCCAAGACCGCCUUCAUCACCAACUUCAGCAUGGAGAUUGAAGGUCAGGUGUAUGUCGGGGAUGUGAAGGAGAAAGAGAAAGCCAAGAAACAGUAUGAGAAGGCUGUUUCCUCUGGACAGACUGCUGGACUGGUCAAGGCCUCUGGGAGAAAGAUGGAGAAGUUCUCAGUGUCUGUCAACAUCGCAGCCAAUAGUAGCGUGACCUUCAUUCUGGCCUACGAGGAGCUCCUUCAGAGGAAAAUGGGCCAGUAUGAGAUCUUAACUCGAGUUAAACCCAAAACCCUUGUCCAGGAGUUUCAGAUUGUGACAAAUAUCUUUGAGCCUCAGGGCAUUACGUUUGUUGAUGCCCAUGCAACCUUCCUUUCUAAUGACCUGCUCCCCCUGGUGGACAAAACGGUCACAGACAAAAAGGCACGCAUCUCGUUCUCACCAACUGUGGAGCAGCAGAGAAAGUGUCCAGGUUGUGAUGGAACACUCAUUGAUGGAGAUUUUGUCAUCAAAUAUGACGUAAACCGAGCAGAGGGCUUUGGCGACAUUCAGAUUGUGAAUGGAUACUUUGUGCACUUCUUCGCUCCACCUGACCUGCCAAGAAUCCCAAAGAAUGUGGUGUUUGUGAUCGACAGGAGCGGAUCGAUGAGUGGGAGAAAGAUGGAACAAACACGACAGGCAAUGCUUGAAAUCCUCAAAGACCUCCACGAGGAGGACCACUUUGCCCUGAUCCUGUUUGACCACAGUAUAACUCCCUGGAGGCCCUCACUUAGCAAAGCUACCAAGGAAAAUGUGGAUGAGGCCAGGAGCUACGUGAGGCACAUGGAAGACAAUGGAGCGACCAAUAUCAAUGACGCAGUGUUGAGAGGUGUGACAAUGCUGCUCAAAGACAGGGAGGAGAAGAAGCUCCCUGAAAGGAGUAGUGAUAUGAUUAUUUUAAUGACUGAUGGAAUGCCAAAUUCUGGAGAGACUAACCUCCAGAGGAUCCAGGAGAAUAUGCAUUCUGCCAUCGGAGGAAACAUGUCUCUGUUCUGUCUCGGGUUUGGCGAUGAUGUGGACUACUCCUUCCUGGACGUGAUGGGCAAACAAAACAAAGGACUGGCCCGCAGAAUAUAUGAAGCUUCAGAUGCAGCCGUUCAACUUCAGGGUUUCUACGAGGACGUUUCCAGCCCUCUGCUCUUGGAGGUGGAUGUGCGUUAUCCCGACAAUGCAGUCAAUUUUUUGACAACCAACCACUUCAGCCAGCUUUUUAAUGGCUCGGAGAUUGUGGUGGCUGGUCAGCUGACAGACAACGACCUGGACAACUUUAUGGUGGAGGUGUUCGGCGAGGGGCCUGAGGAAAAGUACGAAGUGCAGGGCAAGGCCAGUGCUCUGAACUGGAAUGUUGUGUACCCAGAUGAGGAGUACAUCUUUGGGGACUUCACAGAGCGCCUGUGGGCCUAUCUGACCAUCCAGCAAUUACUGGACAAGAGCAAGAGUGGAACACCAGACGAGAAAGUCAAUGCUACAGCAAGGGCGUUGGAAAUGUCUCUGCAAUACAGCUUUGUCACCCCUCUCACUUCCAUGGUGGUCACCAAACCUGAAACCGAGGACGGAACUGAAAGCCCUCUUAUUGCCGACAAGCUGACUGAGGAGCAAAGACAACAGGCUGACAGAAUGGCGCAAAGACAACAGUUUGACAUGGCGCAAAGAGUUCACCCCAGCAGAAUGGCACAUCCGGUUGCGAACUAUCAACCUUCACCUACAUAUUUUGUGGAUGGAGAUCCUCAUUUCAUGAUAGAGCUGCCAGACAGAGACGACGCUCUGUGCUUUAACAUCAACGACAAUCCAGGAACCAUUUUCACACUGGUUAGAGAUCCAGAGUCAGGUAUUUUGGUCAAUGGCCAGACAAUUGGGGACAAGAAAAUCCCCCUCGAUGGUAAAAUCCGCACCUAUUUCUGGCGGUUUGGCAUCAUCCACCGCACUCUGGGGGUGAGGCUGGAGGUCAGCACUCAUGAGAUCUCAGUGUUCCAGGAUGGCAAAUGGGUGAAGCUGCUGUGGUCUGAUACAGGCUCUCUCAAAGGACCCAACGUGGAUCUUCUUGUCACGAAGGAUCGCAGCCUAACCGUAACUCUAAAAGAUUCAGUGAAGUUUGUGAUCCUGCUGCACAAAGUGUGGGAGAAGCAUCCGUACCAUCAGGACUACUUGGGUUUCUACACCCUGGACAGCCAUCUCCUCUCCCCUGCUGUUCACGGCCUGCUAGGUCAGUUCUAUCACAGGAUUGAAUAUGAGGUGACUGACCUGCGUCCAGGAGAAGUCCCAGAGAAACCAGACGCAACCAUGUUUGUGAAGGGACAUGAACUCAAUGUGACCAGAGGCUGGCAGAGAGACUUCAGGAGGAAUCUGAAGGACGGAGAAAAUGUUCCCUGCUGGUUCAUUCACAGUAACGGAACAGGCCUCAUCGACGGAGAUGCAGCAGAUUACAUUGUGUCAGGACUUUUCAAAACCGCUUAAACGCAGGUUACAUCAGUGUCAAACAAAGAACCCAUCACAGUGAUAAAAAACGUUAUUAAAAUAGCAGUACUUCCAGAGUCAUAUACUCAUGGACAAACAGGUGUUAUGAGUUUGAUCUUCUGCAAAUAUAAGAAUGGGAAGUAAAAGAAUCCCAAAACAGUGGCAAGCACUGGGAGACAGGCUCAUUUGUCGUGGAAGACAUGGAAUACACUGUUCUUAAAGAUAGACUAAAGCUAAAUUUGUAUUAGUUAAACUUUUAAAAGCUGUUUUAAAGUCUUGGGAUCCAAACAGUUUUUAUGCACUUUUGUGAAGUGUUUAUUACAGUUCAUGUAAAGUCUACUUAAAAACAUGGCACCUAAUAAAUGUUAUCUCUAUGGCAACAAAUUGGUGACAUUUUUAUUCAUGGUUAAACAGGCAAAAAGAGAAAAUCCUAAUUGUGGCAAAUGUCUUUGAUUAUUGUUCAGCUACAGGAACUGUUCCCACCUAACCACAAUAAAUGUUGGAUGAAAA